GGGAAGUGAAACCUUUCUGUGCCUCACUCAUCGUGGCAAUAGAACGCAACCACUUGCAUAAGAAAACGUUCUAAACAUUUUCUUCUCAUAAUUUUAUUCUCAUUGCCCCCCACUUUUGUUGGAGCCCGCUGUGUUCUUCAUUUAAACGCGAAACAGCCAGAGUGUGUGUGUGUGCACAAAAAGACAUCUUGUGGCGGUACCCCCGCUCCAUGGUAGCGCGCGAGUGAAGCCCCAAAGAGUCGAACGAAACGAACUGAAACUGACGUCGGUGGCAGUUUCGAUUGAAUUCUUGUUGUGUUAACAUUACGGCCACGAAUCGCAAAUUUUCUUUUUCACAUCUCUUUUAGUUUUUUUCUUUCAACAACUCUACAUACUUUUCUCGCCACUUGGAUUUUUGUACAAGUCUCGCUAUAUACAAUUCGUUCGGAUCUUGAAAGGCCGCAAUUAAUCAUCUGAAAUAGAAAAGGAAUAAAAGAAGAAGUGAUCGCUGUGAGAUGAAAAUCAAAGGAAUAUCUCCGUGUAAAAGUGCUCUAUAAAAAUGAUUUGUGUGAAUAAUGGCCGAUCUUGCGGAUCAGAUCGAUGAUUACAUCUGCAGCUUUGAAGGUGUUGGCGAUCUGACAAUGGAUACAUUGGCAAUGUUAAUUUUUGCAUGGGCUGUUAUUGCCCUCUUUGUGUUGUGGCUGUGCAAAUUUUUAUACAAUAAAUACGUGAAGAAGGUGAAAACGGACACUGCAGCAGUGCCAGCAGAUGCAAAGAAAGUCACACCAAGUGCAUCACUUGCUGCUGCCCCAUUGACGGAUCUUGCGGAUAAAACGAGGCGAUCUGAACCCAAGGAGAUCCUCUCCAGUCGCGAUGUUCGAGAAUCUUCGGCAAAACCCCUUGGACGGGGUAUUGUACGAGGUGGAGCGAAAGGUGGAGCAUCUGGAUAUGUUCCACCGACUCCUCCAAUGCGAAAGAGACUCUCAAGGAAGAGUCCUGGUCCGGAAUUAAGACGACCAAGUCGUGUUGUUCAACCACCAAGCAACGUCGUCGGACCAGAAACGAUUUCUGUAACGUGGACAAGUCAAGUGUUUAGAUGGCUCUACAGCGAUCUUGUGAUCGUCAACGAACUCCUUCACACUUGGGUGCAAACAAUCAAUGAAUCAAUGAAUAAAUCUCUGGAGGAGAUGUCCCUUCAAGAAAAUUUAGCAAAUCAAUCAAUUGAGACCAACAUCAUCAGCCCAGAGCAUGGAGUUGCAGUUGAGAUUGUUAGAGUUCUACCCGAAAGCCCUCCGCCUCAGCUGACCAAUAUUUUCUGUGCAGCCGAUGAGACACGCCAAAAUGAUGUGACAAUCACAAUGGACUGUGAAUGUACACCUGUCCUGCAGGUGAAGGCCUUCCGACAGAAGUCAGGCAAAGUGGAGACGUCGCACUACAAGGCCACAAUUUCGCGCUUCCGCGGACGUCUCACGAUUAAAAUGGACUACUACAAACUCCUGGGGGAUAUGCGCUGCGAGGGCUACCCCGAUAUUCGUAUUGGCCUCAAUAGCAUUGGUGCCAUUAAGGGCACCACCGACGAUGAGACACAUUUGCAGGAAGUCGUCACGGAGAUCCUCAUUGGUGCCAUUCGCAAUACAAUCUACCCCGUGGACUUUUCCAUCUACUCCACAUGCCCACGCCCUAUGGAGCCUGAGCCGGUGGAGGUGCCACUCAACUAUCCCAUUCACUAUGACUCCCUAGCGGGUAACAUGGAACACCUCAAUGAUGCUCGUGCCCAGCAGAUUGCAUCCAAUGGGGUUGUGUCCUCAGGCAGGCGGUUGUUGGUGAAAGUUCUCAAAGGGGAUGGUCUCGCAGUGGCUAAAGAUCCCUUCUGUGUGGUUGAGAUGGAUGAGCCACCGCAGAAGAAUCAGACAGGAGUACGACAAGGCGCCAAUCCCGUUUGGGAUGAACAUUUUCUCUUUGAUCUUUCCUCCUUGUCGGCGGAAAUUUUAUUCGAAGUCUACGACAGGGCAACAACAAAUGCAGAUGGACAAGCCAAAUUUCUCGGAUUGGGUCUUGUGGGAAUUGAUGAAUUGGCCGUGGGGCCGGCAUCAUCGCAAAUCCUCACACUACAGCCGCGUCCCUACGAAACGGAGGCUGUCAGUGGAGCUAUAACAGUUGAGUUUGUUUUCAUUGAGGGAGCCGAAAUUCCCACAGGACGUCGUCCGUAUAAAUUGAAGAAUGCCCUCAAGAUUGACACCCAUUCGCCAUCAUUCACGGACACCGCCAACCAGAAUGGUAAUCAGAAGGACAUCGUGGAUACAGCUAUUAAAGCCCUCGAAGGUGGUGCCCUUCACACCAAUGGACAUCCCAGCAGGAGCACCCUCAUCAUACACAGUGUUCAGCGGCGACAACCCAAUCGGCCACUAUUCAAGGUUGGCUUAAACGAUAAAGGCCAAAUAGAAUUGGACGAGAGUGCCCUAAUUACACAGAGUGCCGAUGAAGAAAUUAACCCAGAACCCCAGGCUGAGGUUGAGGAGGAAGCUGUGACGCCAGUAAGUGAAAAUGGUGAUUUAGAAAAUUCCUGUGCGACCGCAGCUACAGCUGAAGUACAAUCGAAUGGUCUCAAUUCACCAGAUGAUUUGCCGGGUGAACCCAUUUCGCAUUCAUCACCACACACCACAAAUGGCUUCAAUGGCAACCAAAGGGAAGGGAAUGGGAUGCAAACAUCAACUACACCAUCAGACCCUCAACUACUGCUUGAUGAUGAUCGUGGAAGAUCGAAGAAGAAGCGGGAUUUCUUUGGAACACUCAAAAGACGUUUGGGGAGAUCAAAGAGUCGCGCCAAGUCCGUUGAACGCGACAUGAUCCCAAUUGAUGCAGAGAAUCCACGUGGGGAGAUUCGAUCGAUAUCAGCAGAUCGUGGGGCAUCAAUUGUGAAUAACAACAGUACACUAUCAUCAGCAGGUUGUCCUCCACAGCAAAGACUUAAUGUUCCAACGUUGGAUCAGUCACGACGAUCGUCUCUUUCAGAAUCAUCAGCUAUUAGUGGCAUUUCGAGCACCAGCACCAAAACCUAUGUCCAUGAAGCAUCAACACUCGUCCUCGAGACUAUUGAGAAUGGCGUUAAGCGACACUUCCUGGUACCCUUGUCGAUAGCACAGAGACCCCGAUGGCGGCGUAAAGGGACGAAAUUGCACAUUUACAAUGAUCACACUUUUGUGGCGAAGCAUUUAAGUGGAGGUCUUCUGUGUGAUGUCUGCAACCGAUCUAUUCCACGACGCCCGGGAAAACAGGGCUAUGAGUGCCGCGACUGCCAGACUAAAUGUCACAAGCAGUGCCACGUGAGAACCCCACAGGCCUGCACCAAUCCCACGGUGCUCUCUAUUGAACUGUACGUAUUACAGAAACACACACAAAAUUAUUUUACAUUUUCCUUAAUCAAAAAAAUUUCCACGCCACAAUAGCCAAUUUUCAGUUCAUCACCCCCACCUCCCCUAUCUUUUAUUAGAUAAUAUUCUUUUCAAUUUUUUCAUGCUUUGUGAUAAAGAAUUUUUUAUCAUUGGUAUGAGGUAUUUAUUUCUCACUCUUGUCUAUUUGUUAUUUUCUUUUCAAAGGUCAUCGCUACCAACACUGACAGAAAAUCACAUCUAAAAAAAUUAAAUUUAAAUUUAAAUAGCAAUUCUUUAUAAUGUAAGCGUUUAUGGAAGUGAGGUCUGCUAUGUUUUUUUGUCUAUGCUACAACUAAUCAACAUUGCUUUCUUUCACGUCUCAUUUCAUUUUCUUCUUCGAGUUUAAGUGCUAAAAAGUUAUAACUGAUUUUUUCCCUAUUUUUUUUUUUGGUUUUGUAAUUUACUUAACACGCGAAAGCUUACACAGGCACUGACGAAAAUCAUUUAAAAUGCUUUCAAAGUAAAUAGAAUUCUACCUAAAAUAUUACCUAAAUAAAUUUGUAAAGUAUUUUUUUAUAAAAAAAAUUAGGAGCCCUUUAAAGGAUUUCCCUUUCCGUUCGAAAGAUUGAUAAAAAUAAAAAAAAACUCUUAUUGGUUUUAAUUAAAAAGACUCCAUUGCUUUAAUGAUUCUCCUAAAUAUUCUUUAAGGCACAAAGAAAUCCAUUUGUUGGAAAAAAAAAGAUUUAAAAGCAUUUAAAAUAAAAACUUAACAUUUUAAUAAAUAUUAUUUUCCCUCUCAUCUUAACCUUCCAAAACGCUGAUAAAUAAAAGCUAAUCCACAAACUUUUGUUAUUUUUAGCUGUGAUUCUUAUACCUUUAAUUUUCAGCUGUAAUAAAAAGCUUUCUUUGCAGAUCUCUUAGGGGAAACUGGGAUGAAGUGAGAAACGUAUUUAUUUAAAAGUAAUUCAGAAAAUAUUAAGAAAAAAAUCUUUUAAUCAUUUUAGAAUAAAGUUUGUUAGAGAAGAAUAAAGAAAACGUAUUUUUCGACAAGAAAUUUUAAAAUAUUCCUCUAAUAAACACUUCAAAAUUCAAAUUAUUUUAAUAAAACCAUCUCACUUCAACUCAUUUUCUCCUAAGCUUACAAUAAACUUAUAGAGAAGUUUUGAAAUUAAAACUUACAAGGAAAAUUGAAAUGCUUUUGAACUUCUCCGACUAUCUGUAUGUUUUUCUUUUUUUUUCUAUUCUUUUUCUAUUGGGAUAAAGGAAUUGAGUUAUUUCUUUUUAAUUUAUAUUUUAAUCGUGUUUAGUUUAUUGACUAAAAACAUGCCGUAGAGAUUGCUUUUGGAAUAGAAUUCAAUUUUGUAAAAGAUUUCACUUUUAUGCUUUCAAACGAUGUUUCGAUGAAUUUCCAAAUAAUUUUUUGAUAGAUUUUUUUAAACAGCUUGAAAGUAUAGAAGUAGAACCAUUUAUUGAUUUUAUUUUAUAUAGUUGAGGAAAAUCUUUUAUAUCAAAUAUAAAACGAUUAAUGAAAAGAUAAUUUUUACAAAUUCAAAUAGUCCCUGAAGAUGGCAAUAAAUUACCCGAAACGUCGCUGGAAAUUGUAAAAAUGGGACCUUUUCAUUUUAUUUCUUCUCCAAAUAAGGAAAAUUCCUUUCAAACAAACAAAAACGGCAAAUACGCCAUUUUUAGCCUGAAAAUUUGCAUCUAAAAACUCAAUUACUUUACCCCCUUUUCCCCUAUUCUGUAAAAUAAAUUAUUCUUUCAGCUUAACCAUAAUAAUGCUUUAUAUUAACUGUCCUCAAAUCCGACUUUUUUGCAGCUUCCUCUCCAUUUAUUUUGCUUGGAUUAAUAUUUGAAAAGCAAAAUUAACAAAAUUCAAUAAAAAAAAAUCACUUCAUGCGCAGCUCAUUUGAAGUGAAUGAAAAGAAAAUGAAAAAAAUGCGGAAAUUUAAAGAAAAAGUUCUAAUUGCAAAAAAAAAAUCUUUUUUCUUCCAAUUCUAGGUCAAAACUGAAUUCUGCUGCUGCUGAUCGGAGUAUCCGGAAACUCUGACAAAUAGCUGAAUAAAUGAUUCUACAAUUAAAUUUCACACCGAAA